AUGGGUUACAACUCCUACGAAAGCAGUGAAGGAACUGAUUACGACGAUUUUGUUCGCCCAACUCAAAAUCGAAUGUCAAGAAAAGACACCGUUUCCGGCAACAAAAGGACUGCUGCAGCCUCGGCGUCGAUGUCUUAUCCCAUGAUGUAUGAAAAUCCUAAAAUGGAAGCUAAAAUUCGUCAGUUUGAAAAGGAAGCGUAUUAUUCGACUCUACGAGCAUUUAAAGCUCAAGCUGAUUCUAUAACUUCGGAGAAGUCGGGUUUUAUUACCGAUAUGAGGAAAGAGUUGAGACUAUCGAAUGAGGAUCACAGGGAGCUUUGCAAAAAGGUUAAUGAAGACGUAACAAUCCGAAGAAUAAGGGAGUGGCGACAAUCAACGGGGCGUGGAUUUGGUAUUUCUAUUACAGCUUCGCGAAAAAAACAAAAAAUUGAAGGGUCAUCUUCAAGAACACGGCGUGGGAAAGGUCGAUUGGGAAAUGGAACAUCGGGUGGUCUUGUAAUAGAAGAUGUUAAAAACAUUGAUCCAUUAGUUGGAAGGAAAAUCAGUACUAGGUUGCCCGGAAAUGAUAAAUUUAACGAAGGGAUGAUAAUGGAUUAUAAUGCUGAAAAGAGCUACGGUCCAUUUCGCUGGGGUAAUCCUCAAGGAGGCGUAAAAGGUUGGGGUGCGAAGAAAAGUCGAUCCAAGAAGGAUCGCGAGAAUCACGACGAAAUUCGACUGCUCGACACAAAUGUCCUAAUUAAGGAGGUAAUAUUUGGAGCUACUAAGGUCGAAACAGUCUUUGGCGCCAACCAUCCCGACUCUUUGGAAAUCGAGAAGGUGCAAAGAGUACUCAAGGACCAAGAACAAGGUCUUGUCGAUGCUAUUGCAAAGCUCGGGGCAUUAUCCGAUGGUGAAGAUGAUAGACAAUCUUGA